GACGCUUGAACAAGAUUUGUGCGCGGUUCGUGGGAAAUAUUUUUGUUUUGUAAUUGCGGUAGUAGUUUAUAAAAGUCUUUCACUGGAGUAAUAGGCAGUGUAUACAUUUUUAUUGAUUUAAAGAUGCUGGUAGCAUAAAUAGUUCUCCUGGAUAUAAAAAAAAAUGAAGUUUACAGCCAUUCUAAGUGUUCCUAUAUGUAUAUUUGGAGUGUUAUUUGCUUUGGAAAGCAACGAAACUAAUAGUGAAUAUAAUAAUGAAUUCGACGACAAGAAUAUUUCAGCAAGUAAUGUUGAAGAGCUAAAGGAUCUUCUAGUGAGAGAUAUAGUAGAAGAAUUUAAAGACGAUUUCUUAAUUGAAACACAUACAGACAUCAGUGACACGAUUGAAGAAGAUGACUGGGACAUGGAAAUGGGUGAAUCAACUGUCAAUGCUACAGAUUUUAUGCUGAAUAAAAGUGUUAGCAACACAAGCACAGAACUGGGUAACCAACACCCACUCUACGGAAACUUGUCAGUAUCUAUAGAAGAGGCAACGAGCACCAUAGAAGAGAAAUCAGUUAUAAACGCGAAUGAAAGCAAGAGCGAUGAAAGUACAGAUAUUGGUAACCAGCAACUGCAUGAGAAUUUUACACAAGCAGCCUUUGAAACAAUGGACAUCGCAUUAAACAAUACAGGGAUCAGCAGGAAUAAUUCCGAUACCUCAAGUGUAGAGAAAGUAGAUGUAACCACAAGGAAGCCAUUAUGGUCAGAGUUGUUAGAUGACGUCACUGUCGAGGAAAUAUUUAUAGAAAUUACAGCUAAGCCAGAACAUGCCAGCAAAACUUCAACCACUACAGAAACAAACCAGAGAGUAACAGAAAUGGAUGAAGACUUAAAACAUUACAUCAAAGACAACUCAAAACAGGGACAUUAUGUUUCUCAUACAACAAUUAAACCAAGCAACGACCAAAGCUAUAUAACAGAGUACUUUAAAGGCGGGCUCCAAUCAACCACUGCAUAUCCUAGACCAGGGUUUGGAGACCCCUGUCCUAGACCAAGCAAUCCUUGGGAAGAUAAAUUACAAUUUGUUCCUGUAGCUAAAGAGUUAACAACACAGAACCCAAAAGCACGUACCAAAUCCGAUAAACAUCAAAAUAUCAAGGGAGGUAAAGCAAGAUCAAGAAACGUUUAUGUCUACGAGACAGACAAAGACGAUGAUUUGAUGGUGGCUAACAAGGAAGAAGAUGAAUAUAUUCUUGUGAAGUAUAACAGUGGGACGGUACGGGUGAAACGGUCACUUGAGGAUUACAGUGGAGGUUCACCGUCGGCAUUAGCAGUAAGAGGUGAAGUGUGGAUUUCCCCUGCUGUUAGUGGGAAUAAGUCGAUUAACGGAACAGACGAGAACAAUAUAUUAAAAAGACGUUUUGCUGUAUCAUUGAAGAAGUACUUGGCUAAAUACAUUAACAAGACGUCAUAUGCCUCUUUAAACUCUACGUAUAUUGCCGUUAGUAUGCUUCGGCCUAGUGGUAACUACACUAUAGUCGAAUUUGAACUUUUUAUAUUUUAUUUUGUUCUCGAAUACGACACUGCAUUCGACAUUGAAGUACGUUUGGUGGUGGCGAAAGCCUUGAUCAACAUGAAUGAUUUAGAGACAAAUUAUAAUGUGUUUAUGUCGAUGUUAGAAAAUGUCACGGAUGUACUGCAAGCAGCAAAAUGCAUUACAUGUGAGGCGUACGAAUUCUGUGAGCCAGUCAACAACAAUAUGACCGAGUGGCACUGCAAGCCAUCGGAACCACGAGCAUAUCCAUAUGGAGUUCUGUCAAUGGAUGAAACAUUACCAAGGAAUAGGGAAUUCGCCUCAGCAAAAAUUUAUGUAGAAGAUUUUAUACCAUAUGAAAACACACUGUUUCAAUACCUGUGGAUAUCCGUGAAUGGAUUGAUAAGUUUUGGAGAUGAGUUCUCCAGCUUCACGCCCCAACGACUGCCUGUGUUAGAUAAAAAAGGAAAUCCUCGACCUCUGUUGGCUCCGUACUGGACAGACCUUGAGCUCACAGAUGGUGAUGAGGGACAGGUUUAUUAUCAUGUUUACAAGUGCUGGCUAGAAAAAUCCUCUAAAGCAUGUGAAAGGGCGAACAGCGACAUUGUUAGAUAUGCUAGCUCUUCAACCUACACUUCCACCGUCGUUAUUGUAGUCACAUGGGUUAAAGUGCCCGUUGCAGGAAAUCAUAGAAACGAGCGUGUGUCAUUCCAGUGCGUUAUUGCGACCGAUGGCUACACAACCUAUGCUAUUUAUCUAUAUAUGCAAGGAGCUAUGCAAUUCAAACCAUUGUCGGCAAGGAAUGUUGAGAUUGGGUGGGGAAAACAAAACUUCGACACAUCCAGAUCGUCGUAUUAUAUGUUUGACAGAGUUCUGGGAAAUACAGGAGCACCUGGCCAAUGGUUUAUCAAAGUGGGAGAAAAAGACAACUAUAAAAUGAUGUGUAGAUCAUGGUAUCGAUCAGCCUCUGUUGCUGAAUUGAUAGCUAUCAAUAAUAAGAAUUUAGAAAUGCCAGCUUGUCCAUGUAAUAAAUUGGUGGCCUACAAUAGCCCACUUUGGGUGCAAUCCACACAUGCCCAGAAUCAAAGUCACUGUUUUGAUUUACUGCCAUAUUAUGGUGAAUUUGGAAGGCAAUGCUGCUAUCGUAUGGAUGGAAGUUUCAGUCUUGAAACAAGAAAGCCACAAGCAGGCAGCCUUCAACGCUACAAUGCUUUCAAUUCUCUAAUACACAAUUCUAAAGAUCAUCACAUAAAUGAUAUUGAACCAAAAAACUGGUGCUGUUAUCAGUCAAAUUUAUGUGAUUUAUACUAUGAGUUAAGACCAACUGUACAAUGUAUUGCAAGUAGUUGGGUGAGGGGAUUUUUGUUUGGUGACCCUCAUAUUUUUACUUUCGAUGAGCGAUUUUAUAUUUUUAAUGGCCUUGGAGAAUAUAAAAUAUUGGAGAUAGAUGGCAUAGCAAAGGACAAAACUGAUAUAAAUUUUAUGAUGCAGGGUCGGACUUGCAGUGCAUUAAGCAAAAAUGGAACAAAAGCAAGAGCUGCAGUUUGGUGUGCUUUUGCUUUUAAAAAUGGUGAUGAUAUGAUGUUAACAGUACAAAUAAGUCCCGGAGAUAGAAUGAUGGUUAUUUAUGCAAAUAAUAGAGAUUACUCUGCACCAUUUAAAAAUGAGCCAGAAUUCUUUGCUGUUGAAAAUGGGAUGGUCCUCAGGCAACAAAAUGGAUCCUUGAAAGUUUCAUUUUCUGAAAGUAAGUUUUGA